CAUUUUCAUACGGGAACUACCCAGUGCUGAAGUCUGCAGAGAAGGGGGUAGCGCUGUCUAUUAACGCCCACGAUGUCUCUGUCGAACAAACUCACCUUGGACAAGGUGGAUGUGAAUGGAAAGCGCGUAGUUAUGCGGGUUGAUUUCAAUGUCCCCAUGAAGGACAAAUCAAUCACAAACAACCAGAGGAUCAAAGCUGCAUUACCAUCCAUCCAGCACUGUUUGGACAAUGGGGCCAAAUCUGUGGUGCUAAUGAGUCACUUGGGCCGGCCCGACGGUGUCCCAAUGCCCAAUAAGUACUCUCUGGAACCUGUAGCUGCAGAACUCAAGAGCCUGCUGGGCAAAGAUGUGAAAUUCCUGAAGGACUGUGUUGGCCCGGACGUGGAAAGCACAUGUGCCGACCCCCCAGUAGGUUCUAUUAUACUGCUGGAGAACCUGCGCUUCCAUGUAGCUGAGGAGGGCAAGGGAAAAGAUGCUGCGGGCAACAAGCUCAAAGCAUCAGAGGAAGAAAUUAAAGCUUUCCGGGCUUCCCUGUCCAAGCUGGGUGACGUCUAUGUUAACGAUGCCUUCGGAACAGCACACAGGGCACACAGCUCUAUGGUAGGAGUGGACCUACCUCAGAAGGCUGCUGGCUUCUUGAUGAAGAAGGAGCUGGACUACUUUGCCAUGGCCUUGGAGAAACCUCAGAGACCAUUUCUUGCCAUUCUUGGAGGAGCCAAAGUCAAAGAUAAGAUCCAGCUGAUUAACAAUAUGCUGGACAAGGUGGAUGAGAUGAUCAUUGGGGGUGGGAUGGCUUUCACCUUCCUUAAGGUCCUCAACAACAUGGAGAUUGGUACAUCCCUGUAUGAUGAGGAGGGUGCGAAGAUUGUGAAAGACCUGAUGGCCAAGGCAGAGAAAAAUGGUGUCAAGAUCACCCUUCCUGUUGACUUUGUCACCGCAGACAAGUUUGACGAGAACGCUGCAACAGGGACAGCUAAGCUGGCCGAUGGAAUUCUGGCAGGCUGGAUGGGUCUGGACUGUGGACCCGAGAGCUCUAAAAUCUAUACAGAGGCUGUGAGAAGAGCCAAGCAGAUUGUGUGGAAUGGACCUGUGGGUGUGUUUGAGUGGGACAACUUUGCCUCUGGAACUAAGAACCUAAUGGAUAAUGUUGUGGAGGCGACCAAAAAUGGCUGCAUCACCAUUAUUGGUGGUGGAGACACUGCUACCUGCUGUGCCAAGUGGGACACAGAGGACAAGGUCAGCCACGUGAGUACAGGGGGCGGAGCCAGUCUGGAGCUUCUGGAGGGGAAAGUGUUGCCUGGCGUGGAUGCCCUCACCAGCUUAUAAGCACCUGGCAUCUCCUGCUAGAGUUGGGGUGCUCUACCCUGGAAAGGCUCUCGCUCCCUCUUGUUCACUUACUCAGCACUUGUUCAAAGCUAUCAACUUUAAGGGAUGCAAAUGAUGAAUACCCACCUCUCUGCUGCACUGAUGACCAGUGGUGUGCAGUGCUGGUCUCUCCACUGGUUCCCUUCACUUACUCCACUGCUUGUUCUUACUUACCCCAUUACCUAAUGGAAGACUCUUCUCACCCCAGUCUACAGACAGAGUCCUUCUGCUCAGUUUGCCACAAAGGAGAGUAAUGUUGUUACUUGGUUUACAUCUCAUUUUAGGGAACUGGCCAUUUGUUGCAACUGCUAAAGUGUUCGUGUAUGUCUUUUGUCAUCCUUGAAUAACUGCUGUGUGUGAUAUAACUAGAGUUUAUACUCAAUACCUCUUCACAUAUGUUGAGACGGUAUGUAAAACUGUAGACACUUUUCCCAUUUCCCCUCAUUGCACGUGUCAUCCUGGUUCUGUGGCUUGUAAAUUUUUCCCUAGUGGGGUCACAUCGAUGGGCUGAUCAGUAGACCUGGAAAAUUGUUUAUGAAAUAUAAAUAAAAGUUCAAACUAAACUAAAAGCAA